GCCGUUGCUGUCCUCCAGUUUAUCCUCUAGUCUACCCAUCAGCAUUUCUGACAGUCCAUCAUAUAAUUUAAGCACGGAGUCCCUAAUCCUGUCUUCCUUUCUAUUCACAUCACCAUCUUUGGACCGACUUCCUCAAACCAGUGCAUUUUUGAAAGACAUUGUGGCAUCCACCCAACAACCACCGGUCGCCAGCGCCCAACCAGACGUUGGCACCAGAGUUACGGGUCCAUCCAAGCUAACGUUAGAACCCACUGAAACCAGCUACAUUUCAACAGAUCCAUUUCCAGCAGUGGGCGAUGUCGAAUUCCAAACGUCAUUCGUGACAACCUCAGAAAUUUUCGCCGACCAAAGAUCAACAAUUAUACAUCAUAAAUCAGCUCAGUUAUAUGAGGAUAAUCUAGCUGGUGAUGCUCUCCGCCCGUCGUCCCCCCUAACAGCGCAUUCGGUCCUGACGCCCGACCCACCACCUCCACACUUGGUGCAAACAAGAAUUGUUGAGAUUAUCGCACCGUCUAGAGUUCCAGUUUAUGACCACCCAGAAUUGUAUUCGUCAGCGUCCAUUGUAGAUCUGUCCGCAAGCCAGUCU